AUGAAGGCAUUCUUGGCUACCGUUACCCUCGCCGUUGUUGCCGGCGCCUCCGCCAGGACCUUUACGGUCAAGAACAACUGUGCUUACACUGUCUGGCCGGCCAUCUUCACCGACAAGAACGUCGGCUCGUCCGUCCCCGACCAGAAGACCGGAUGGGAGGCUGCUCCUGGUUCCAGCGUUUCCUUCAGCGUCCCCGACGACUGGAAGGCGGGUCGCAUCUGGGGUCGCCGCGGCUGUGACUUCAGCACCAACCCCGGCCCCAACUCCUGCCUUGACGGCGGCUGCAACGGCGGCCUCGAGUGCGACCCAGCCACGGGCACCGGUGUCCCUCCCGCUACUGUCGCUGAGUGGACUCUGUCUGCUGACGGCAACCAGGACUGGUACGAUGUCUCCCUGGUAGACGGCUUCAACAUCCCCAUCAGAAUCGACAACUCCGCCGGCUGCAGCGUCGCGGACUGCCCCGCCGACCUCAACCCGCAGUGCCCUGACCCCCUGAAGGGCCCGACCGACUCCUCCGGCGCCGUCGUCGGCUGCCGCAGCGCAUGCCAGGCGAACCUGGACGGUAACCCCCAGGACUCGGCCAACUGCUGCUCCGGCAGCCACAACACCGCGGACACCUGCCCGCCUUCUGGCGUCCAGUACUACGACUACUUCAAGAGCUCCUGCCCGAACUCGUAUGUUUACGCCUACGACGAGAGCAGCGGCACCGCGCUCUGGACCUGCGACUCGAGCAAGAAGCCCGACUACACCCUCACGUUCUGCCCUUAA